UCAUACCUAUUGGUUUUGUGGCAUUGAGUAAGAUAGCAACUACCCGCGGGGAACUCGUCGGAAUAACACCUCCGGCGAAGUCUCGCUAACCCUAACCUGCAAAGGCUCGCAGGUGGUUCCAAUGCCGGUGGCGAUGGCCGGCGUCUCAAGCGGCGGAGGCGGCCGAGUCCUUGAUUGCCGCAGCUUCUGGAAGGCCGGCGCGUCCGAGGCCCCCGCCGCCCCAACCCACGACUUGCAAGUUGCCCUGGAGACGGGGGACUUCGACCGCGCUCGCGUGCACCCUAAGUUCCUCCACACCAACGCGACCUCCCACAAGUGGGCUUUCGGAGCUAUAGCCGAACUUCUUGACAAUGCGGUGGAUGAGAUAAGCAAUGGUGCCACAUUCAUAAAAGUGGAUAAAAUCAUCAAUUUGAAAGACAAUAGCCCAAUGCUACUUUUCCAAGAUGAUGGAGGAGGUAUGGAUCCUGAAGGUGUUCGUCGAUGCAUGAGUUUAGGAUUCUCAACCAAGAAAUCUAAAACCACUAUUGGCCAGUAUGGAAAUGGCUUCAAGACGAGCACAAUGAGACUCGGUGCAGAUGCAAUUGUUUUUACUCGUGCAAUCCGUGGAAGUAAUGUUACAUUGAGUAUAGGUUUGCUCUCCUACACUUUUUUGAGGAGAACAAUGAAAGAUGACAUAGUUGUCCCAAUGCUCGAUUUUAAGAUCCAAGAUGGGGAGGUUGUACCUUUGGUGUAUGGUUCACAGGGUGAUUGGGAUAGUAGCCUGAAGAUAAUACUUGAUUGGUCCCCUUUUUGUUCAAAGGAAGAACUUCUUCAGCAGUUUCAGGAUGUUGGUAGCCAUGGAACUAAAGUGGCAGUGUACAAUUUGUGGAUGAAUGAUGAUGGCCUUUUGGAACUUGACUUCGAAGAUGAUGAUGAGGACAUAUUGCUUAGAGAUCAAGGUAGUGCAAGUGGGGGAAUCACAAAGGGUCAGAAAGAAAUUGUUCAGCAACAUAUAUCCCACAGACUCAGAUUUUCAUUGCGAGCUUAUACCUCUAUCCUUUACCUCAAGAAGUUUGAUAAUUUCCAAAUUAUAUUGAGGGGAAAACCUGUUGAACAUAUAUGCAUCACUGAUGAAUUAAAGUUUAAGAAAGUUGUCACUUACAAACCUCAAGUUACACAUGAUUCCCAAGUGGUCUCAGUGAGAGUUGAUGUUGGCUUUGCAAAGGAGGCUCCUAUUUUGGGCAUUUUUGGGAUGAAUGUCUACCACAAAAAUCGUCUUAUAAUGCCCUUCUGGAAGGUCCUUCAGGAAGGAUCUAGCAGAGGGAGAAGUGUAGUCGGUGUACUUGAGGCAAAUUUUAUUGAGCCAGCACACGACAAACAAGAUUUUGAGAGGACUCCAUUAUUUUUACGGCUAGAAACAAAACUUAGACAAAUUAUUGUUGAUUUCUGGAAAGAAAAGUGUCAUUUGAUUGGUUACCAGCCAACUGAUCCACAUUUAAGGUCCCAGUAUAAGGCCACCCUAAAAGAUUCAGGUGGUUCUGCAUCCCAGGUUCACCAUAAAACUUCCAGUGUCCGGAUGACUGGAGGGUUUUCGUCAAAUUUGCUCCCAGAGACAUAUGAUGACGUAGCAGCUGUUGGAUUGCCAAAUAAUGGUUCUCAUUUGCAGUCGUCUGGUCAAGCGCAAGAAAACAAUAUGGACUCAGAAGGCUUGGAUGAGGAUCUGGUAGAGAUUGGCUCCUCCGGUGUAUUUGAUCCCAAUUUUACUGAGAAGCUGAGUGAAGAAAACAUUGCUCUCUUUUCAAGGCGUGAAGAGCUUCAACAACGAGAUACACAGUUGAAGCAGACGAUUGAGGACCUGGAGCAUGAACUGGAGGAAACAAAAAGGAAGUGCAGCCAGCUUGCUGCUGAGCUGAAGGUACGGAAGAAUCAGCAGCAUCUCCCUUACAGGUGAAGCUAACUAGUAGGUCGAUAUCAGUGUGCACCGGCUGCCAAUGCUUUAAGAUGUUGGAAGUAUACAAGGAAAUUUGCUGUCAGGAACUUAAUGAAAUCUCCAUCUUGUUGGCACUCUUUUGGGUGGUUGGUUUGUUAAACAAAUCAUCUUUGCUUUAUGGCAGGUCUAGUCCCAAAACGGUAUUGUUGUAAGAUGUAGAUUGCAAUUUGAACUUUCAAAAAUUUCAAUAUCUGAUCAAUGGGUCUUGAUUUUGGCGCCAAAUAGAUUCGUAUGGUAGCUGUAUUGAGAGGGAGGUUUAGGGGUGGGAACCAAUCAGUUUGUUUUUUCCUAGUUAGUUCUGAUUUCUCGACUUAAAGAAUAUAAUGAGUUUACUGCAUCAUCAGUUCUUUGUAAUUAUCUUGCAAGUAUAAACAGGAAUUCGGUUGUCACUCGAGAAAUAUGGAAUUAUGGGCCGAUAUGUCCUUGUAUUGAUUCA